ACUUUAGGAGAGCAAUCCGAGAGUGCAGGUAUUUCUCUAGGCAGUUCAAAAAGAUUGUUAUUUCUUCAGAAUGGCCACCAAGGAAGAAAACAUGAAAAAUGACACGAAAAUGCCCAUCACCGGCUAUGGAUACACAGAGUAUUCUGGCAACCCUCCACAAACGAAUUACGUCACAACCGGAGCCCCGCCUUCUCACCAAUCAGUUGAUACCAAUUAUACCGCACUGCAAGUGGAUCACAAUGUUCCACAUAACCAUGGAAUUGUCAGACAGGCUCCCUCGCAGCAACCUAUUCGAGAUUAUACUGCAUUUGCUGUCAUCGUCACAACUUUGUGCUGCGUACCAUUUGGCAUUGUGGGAAUAAUCAGAGCAUCUGAGGCGAGAAACAAGCGCAGCCUAGGAGACGAUGAGGGCGCCAGAAAGGCUGCUCAGAGUGCAUACAGAUGGUCCUUGAGCGGUCUCAUUAUUGGAUCUAUGAUUUUGAUAGUCUUUUAUGCAGUACGUUCUAUGGAAGCUUAAAAGUGC